CUUCUAGAGGAGGAUGUUGCUGCGCUCAUGGCUCCCAGACCGCGUAUCCCAAUGCAAUACUAAAUAACUUCAAUGAAAGGAAAAGCAUUGACUCUGUUUAUAGCAGAGAAGUGCAUUUUUAAAAAUAUUACAUUUUUUAGUUUAACACCGUAGCUUUUUUAAUCUCCCUUAUAUGCGAGCGAGCUAUGGAUGUGCAGGUUGCAAACCACUGCAGCGCCAAGUCUGCGGCGAAACCGCAGAGUGCAGCUGAAUGCGGGAUAGAAAACGCUCCAAAGAAGAAAUCUCGGACGAGAAGAGGCAGAAGAGGGAAGAGACGGAGGGGCAAGAAGGCCAACGAGCCUCCGCCGUUUCUCCCACCGGAGGCUGAAGAGGGGAACAUUGAAUAUAAGUUGAAGCUGGUAAACCCCACACAGUAUCGCUUUGAGCACUUGGCCACGCAGUUGAAAUGGCGACUGCAGGAGGGCCGGGGGGAGGCGGUGUAUCAGAUUGGGGUGGAGGAUAAUGGUCUGCUGGUUGGACUUACAGAAGAAGAUAUGAAAGCAUCACUUAAGACUCUUCGCAGAAUGGCCGAAAAGGUUGGAGCUGAUAUCACACUUCUGAGAGAGAGGGAGGUGGACUGCGACAGAGCUCGACGGAAAAUCGCAGAAGUUCUCGUGAGGAAAGUUCCAGAUGACCAGCAGUUCCUGGAUCUUCGUGUGGCGGUUCUGGGUAACGUGGACUCAGGGAAGUCUACUCUGCUGGGAGUGUUGACUCAAGGCGAGCUGGAUAAUGGACGCGGCAGGGCGAGACUCAACCUAUUUAGACACUUGCACGAGAUCCAGACUGGACGCACGUCCAGCAUCAGUUUUGAGAUCCUUGGCUUCAACAGCAAAGGAGAGGUUGUAAACUACAGUGACUCCCGUACAGCGGAGGAGAUCUGUGAGAGCUCUUCUAAGAUGAUCACGUUUAUUGAUCUGGCUGGUCAUUAUAAGUACUUGAAGACCACCAUAUUUGGCUUGACAAGCUACUGUCCAGAUUUUGCCAUGCUGGUGGUGGGAGCCAAUACUGGCAUUGCUGGCACAACUAGGGAGCACUUGGGUUUGGCGAUGGCGCUGAAGGUGCCCAUAUUUAUUGUGGUGAGUAAAGUGGACCUCUGUGGGAAAAGCACAGUGGAGAAAACGGUCCGUCAGCUGGAGCGAGUGCUCAAACAGCCCGGUUGCAACAAGGUCCCCAUGGUGGUGGCCAACCCUGACGAUGCCGUCACUGCGGCACAGCAGUUCGCACAAUCCUCUAGUGUGACACCCAUCUUCACCCUCUCCAGUGUAUCUGGUGAGAAUCUGGACCUUUUGAAGGUCUUUUUCAACAUACUUCCUCCUCUGAGCAACAGCAAAGAGCAAGAGGAGCUCAUGCAGCAGCUCACGGAGUUCCAGGUGGAUGAGAUUUACAGUGUUCCUGACGUAGGGACAGUGGUUGGUGGAACACUGUACAGUGGUGUGUGUCGUGAAGGAGACCGGCUGGUUGUUGGUCCCACGGAUGAUGGGAGGUUCCUGAGGUUGAAGGUGUGCAGUAUUCACAGGAAUCGCUCCGGCUGCCGCGUGCUGAGAGCCGGACAGGCUGCCACGCUUGCGCUUGGCAACUUCGAUCGCUCUUUACUACGAAAGGGCAUGGUUAUGGUGAGUCCUAAAAUGAACCCUACAAUUUGCUGGCAGUUUGAGGCCGCCAUUGUCCUCCUGUUCCACGCCAAGACUUUCCGCCGUGGUUUCCAGGUCACGGUGCAUGUGGGGAACGUGAGGCAGACCGCCACGGUGGAGUGCCUCCUUGGGAAGGAGGAGCUGCGCACAGGCGAGAGAGCCGUAGUGUGUUUCAGAUUCUUGAAGCACCCCGAGUACUUGCGCGUGGGAGCCAAACUGCUCUUCAGAGAGGGGGUGACCAAAGGCAUAGGACACGUGACGCACCUCCUUCCUUCCACCCAGAACCACUUGCCUGAUCAGAACCGCAACCAGAACCACAGUUAGACAUGGCAGGAGUGAGACCAUAUGUCAAAAGAGGACACUUUCUGUACUUGCCUUGAGUUCGCUUCCCCUAGUUUUAUCACACACCUUUCAUUUUCAAGCAGAUUUGCCUGUGUGUAAAUGCUCUUCAUUCCUGUGACAUUUGGAGGGUUGUGGGACAGCGAUUUAACGAUUAGGUUUUAUGUCUAAUGGUGUUUGGAAACAUCUCAUGCGUUUCACAUCUUAGCUUAAAAGCUGGCUGACCUUAAGGAAAGCAUGUAGGAUUUCCAGUCGCUAAGUUGGAGCAGAUUUCUGCAGGAAAAACUCCUGACUGCAGACUGCAUUAUAGAUAAGAAAACGAUCAUAGUAGAUUUAGAAAUUUGUAUUUUUUGUCAGCAGUAGUAAUACUUCUCCCGAUCCUUAGUAUUAAACAUGUACAGUAAAUUUGGCGCACACACCUUGGACCUUUUCUUUUUACAAAGAUUCACACAGGAAGGCUGAAAGCAAGAUUAUAAGGGUGCUUUCACACUGGCAGUUGCUAAUGCUAAUGUGCUAAUUGCUAAUGAGAUAACUGUUGUGCAAACCAAACCUGGGUCCACAACAGGGUACCAAACCCAAGGCCCCGUCCCAAAUGGCACCUAACACUCGCAGCCUUCCUACGAGUCAGCACUUUCGACGAUAUAUUUAGUUCAAUAAAACACAUGUAAGGAUGUUAGUGUUGAAGAUAUAACUUGGAUACAAGUAAGCCUGCAGUGUAAUCGUGCAUAGCAAGCGGCAAAUAAUGGAAAAGCACUGUCUCCUAGAUUGAUUCAGUUUGCAAGCAGCAGAAAGACAACUUUCAUGCGACUUACAUACAGUAAACCCAAUUGUCGUUUACUCUGCUGCGCAUAAUAGCAUCAAAUUAAUAAAAAACAAUAUAUUUUCUAUCAUGCGGUGUGCAUGUUUGUAAUGAUGUAAGGUGAACGCAAAUGCACCAGUGUUCGAUAGAAUCGAGUCGAGCGUGAAACCAGACCAGCGCUGUGGGAGGCAUCGGGAACACGGCCGCAGCAAACGUGCGAAAGCCCCCUUAGUGUAGGCCUUAAGCCCAAAGUAUACUUCAGUUUUGACGUGAAACCACUGGCAGUGUGUAUGCUAUUUCUCUUCAGACGUUUUGACCAAUAAAAAAGUUGUCAGGUAUCUCUUAACCCCUUCACACAAGUGCUCAUCAGCACAGGUGUCUAUUGAUUUGUUGUUACAGUUGGACAUUGAAACUGAAACACCCGGUUUUAGACCACAAUCAUUUAUUGGUAUGGUGUUGGCCCUCCUUUUGGGGGCAAACAGAGCAUCGAUUGGUCUUAGGGAUGACAGAUACAAGUCCUUCAGAGUGGCCAGAGCGAUUUUGAGCUCUCACUGUAUGAUCUUUAUGGUCCUUUAUGGUUGUUGCUUGUCAAACUGUACAAUUCUGUAGCAAUGAGUUUGGUUGUCCUGUUUCCUGCUAGUAGGAGCAGUUGUGAUGAUGUGCCAGAACUUUGUCGGGGGCUAAGAUUUGUCAGAAAGGCAGCUAGGAAUGAUUCCCCAAAAUUGUCUUGAAUGGAAGAAUUGACCCUUCACAGGCAGCUUGAGUGACAGGUGAUCUGACCAAUUAUACUUUGCCAUCCGCCAUUUUGUCCGACAAAGCAGUCAGGAGAGUCAUGGUGCGUUUCUAUUAUAGCCAACGAACCGACUCGGACCUCGGAUAUAACGUCACGUCCACACUUAAAGCGUUCUAUUAUGUUUUGUUCGUCCGAGUCGGAGAAAAAAAUGGACGCCAAAUGGACGAAAAUGUGAUUUAGCACUUACAUUAAAAAAAAAUAUUAUGACUACACCUUAUCAAAACGCAGCCCUUCGAACUUGAAAAUGUUCACUUUCUUUCUUUUUCAUGUUAAUCUUCUGUUAGCAACGCUUACAACGUUAGUAAUUGCACUCACAGCCAAUUCCCAUACCUACAGGGGACGCAGUAAUACGUCAUUUAAAAUACCAAAGCGAUUAAAAAACAAUGAAAACAAUUCAUACUUACAAGUCACACAGGGCGCAGCCAUCUUGAAUUCCGAAACGGAAUUCUUGCUCGGUGUGUUCUCACGGUUGUCCGAUGUCCUAGAGGAGAAAUCCGAAGAAAGGGGGAGUGUUGUUAGGCAACGUCUGUCGUCCAAUUCGGAUCCCUGAGACGGAUAAAAAAUAGAACGCACCAUUAGUAGAUUAACAUGGGA